CCAUCUUUCAUUAAUUUUCCACGGUUUUUCUCUUCAUUAGUAUUAUUAUAAUUUGACCCACCAUUCAAAAUUUGUACUUCAUUUUUCCUGAACAAAUAUAAAUGCUUUCAUAAAAAUAAUAACUUUCUUCUUUAGUGGUACUAGUCAAAAUGAUAAUCCUCCUUUCAUGGUGAACGCGUUUCUUUUUUAUCAUCCUCAUUCUCUCUCCUCUCUAAAUUUUCUCUCUGUAAUCUGCAUGUUAAAUUUAUUUCUGGGUGUUUUUUUGCUUGAACUUUCAAGUGUUUUUAUUGCUGAAGAACUGAAAGAUCUGAUUUUUAUUUGCUAAUUUGGUUGAAGAUUGAAUUUUGGUACCCACCCAAGUUUAUGUUUGGACUGCAACUACUUUGGGUAUUGAUAAAUUACAAAUUACAGAAGAAUUCUGCUGAGUUUUAGUGGUUGAAGAUGAUAAAUAAUUUAUGGGUUUUCAAUGGAAUGAAGAUGAAAUUACCCAUCUUCUUGUUACUGUUGGUUCAUCUUCAGCUUCUUCUUCCUUGUUCUUCCCUUAAUUCUGAAGGGAUGGCUUUGUUGAGGUUUAAAGAAAGGGUGGUGAAAGAUCCCUUGAAUUCUCUCUCUAAUUGGAUUUCUGAAGAUGGUGAUUUAGAUCAUUGUUCUUGGUUUGGAAUCAAUUGUUCUGAUGGCAUUGUUGUUGUUCUUGAUUUUCGACUCUCAGGAAUUUGAAAGAUCUAUGUCUUGGAGGAACAUUAGCACCUGAACUUGGAGAACUAUCUCAUAUAAAAUCUAUAAUAUUGCGCAACAAUUCUUUUAGUGGCAUCAUUCCAAGUGAGAUAGCUGAUCUGGAAGAGUUGGAAAUGUUAGAUUUGGGUUACAACAAUUUUAGUGGAUCAAUCCCUUCUAAUCUUGGGAAUAACUUUUCGAUGUCGAUUCUUCUGCUGGACAAUAAUUAUUACCUUGGUGGCUUAUCUCCGGAGCUUAAUCAUCUACAGAUGCUAUCUGAACAUCAGGUGGAUGAGAAUCAGCUACGUGACGAUUCAGUGCAAGCAAACUGUAACAGCAAAUCUCUUUCUUGCCCUUGCAGGUUUGCUAGACGGGAAAAUAAACUUGUUGGUAGGAGCUUGCUGCAGUUGGGAAGACCCAUUUUCGAUAUGAGGGGUAGGAGAAGAUCUACUCCAGCACAGGCUCCCUCAAUAGCGAGCUCGCCAAUUAAUGCACCAUCUCUAGCUCCAUCACCUUCUCCGCUCUCAUCGCCAUCACCAUCGCCGUCGAUUGGUGUCUUGUCCACAGCUCCUCCCCCUGCUGAAAUUGCUGAACCCCCUUCUCCACCUCCGGCAAAUCCUCCUGUUGUUUCUGCGUCCCCACCAGCUCAGGCUGCUCGAGUCCCAGCAUCAACUUCUAAUCCAACUAGCAGCUCCAGCUCAAAUCGUAAUGUUAUUAUUGGGGUCUCUGUUGCUGGAGCCUCUGCAUUUCUGAUUGUUUCAGUAGUUGCUAUUAUCAUCUGCAGAAGCAGUAAGGUGGGUACUGUGAAACCAUGGGCGACGGGGCUAAGUGGACAGCUUCAAAAGGCGUUUGUCUCAGGUGUGCCAAAGCUUAAAAGAGCUGAACUCGAAUUAGCAUGUGAAGAUUUUAGCAACAUAAUUGGGUCACUAAAUGAUGGGACAGUUUAUAAAGGUACUCUUUCUAGUGGAAUCGAGAUAGCUGUUGUGGCCAGUUCAGUUAAGUCUCCUGAGGAAUGGUCAAGAAAAUUGGAAGCCCAGUUUAGGAAGAAGAUAGAAACAUUGUCAAAAAUAAACCACAAGAAUUUUGUGAACCUGAUCGGAUUUUGUGAAGAGCAGAAGCCAUUUACUAGAAUGAUGGUUUUUGAAUAUGCACCAAAUGGAACUCUCUUUGAGCAUCUACACAUAAAAGAAGCUGAGCGCUUGGACUGGAGGAUGCGUCUUCGUAUAGUUAUGGGUAUGGCAUAUUGUCUCGAACAUAUGCACCAGCUGAAACCACCAAUAACUCACAGGGACUUGCAGUCUUCGUCCAUAUACCUUUCAGAAGAUUAUGCAGUCAAAGUAUCAGAUUUUAGCUUCUGGACUCAGGGUACAACAUUUAAAAUGAGAUCGCCUUCAAAGCAGCUAUUGGAGGCAACACUUGCAGACACAGAGAGCAAUGUUUAUAAUUUCGGGCUUGUUUUAUUAGAGAUAGUUACGGGGAGGAUCCCAUUUAUGGAAGAUAAUUGCUCGAUAGCAGACUGGGUAUUCGACUGCUUGGAUAAAGAUCACUUACCACAAGAUGUAGUAGAUCCAACAUUAAGCUCAUUCGGUGAGGAGGAGGUUCAGAGACUGUUUUACAUCAUAAAAGAUUGUCUCCACCGUGAUCCACGAGAGAGACCGAAUAUGAAAACUGUUUCUGCCCGUCUAAGAGAGAUUACGGGAAUGGGCCCCGAUGGCGCAACUCCAAAGUUAUCUCCUCUUUGGUGGGCAGAACUCGAAGUUUUGUCCAUGGAUGGUUGUUAACACGGGUUUACUCCUGUAAGUACAAGCUUAGAGUAAACUAGUAAAGUUUCUAUUGCAUGGUUAUGGCUUCAUCUCGAGGCCAUACUCGUAGCAUAGACGAUGAUUUACGAGUAUAAAAUCCGAUUGUGGAGCAGAUCUUUCAGUGACAUGAACGUCGUUCUGUAAUUUUACAUGAUGUUCGAGGUGUGAUUUUCUGUAUAUAAAUGAGAAAGAAAAAAGUUCGCUUUUCAUGGGUAGUUGGCCAUUUUUCCUUGGUGUGUAUAAUUAAGCUGUUGCAGCCAGUGUUCUAAAAAAUGUAAUUUUACACAAUAAAAGAUUGUUUAAUUUAUUUUAAUUAUUAUGAUA